AUGGAUGAAUCUCCGGCAAAUGGUCCACAAGGUCGCCACCGUAACAAAGUAGACGGGAUCAGUGAGAAACUGGUCGCCCAAGUAGCGGAAUGGAUUCAGCAUGAAAAGACCAAGAGAGAAACUAGGAAGACUAUCAAGGUUUUGCGGCGACGCAAGACACCGCCCAUCCAUGUGAACGGGGAGCCUACCGUCUCCUCGCCGACUCGCCCUCGUUCAGAUUCCAUCAGUUCAGACUCGAGCGAAGUUUCUUUGGAUCGACUUCAGAAGAUCCUCGAUGACGGCAUGUCUGCCCUCGGCCUUGAUCAGGUCCCGCAACUGGGCCCCCGUCUUGGACGCAGACGAUCUAGGAGAAGUCUGAAGGCACCACCUGCCCGUACGGCCUCUUCCGACACCGAGUUCUUUGACGGCGAUGUCGUUGUUCCCAGCUGUGACGUGUUUCUUGACAACUCGAAGACCAUGAGCUAUUCGGGUGGUAAGGCGGGCAACGAGGACACGCCUUCGCUGGCCAGCCGUAGGGAAGAGAAGGAGAAGCAGGCUUGGCUCGCGUUCAAGAACGAGAUCAUCAAGCUGGCACACACUCUUAGGUUGAAGGGAUGGAGGCGCAUUCCGCUCAAUGGUGGUGAGACCAUCUCUGUUGAAAGACUCAGCGGAGCGCUGACGAACGCUGUGUAUGUCGUGUCACCACCUCCUGAGUCUGUUUUGCCUCCGCAGGAGGGUAAGAGACAGCCGGAAAAACUCCUGCUCAGAGUUUACGGUCCGCAAGUUGAGCACUUGAUCGAUCGAGAAAUCGAAUUGGGUGUUCUCAAGCGUCUGGCGAGAAAGAAGAUUGGUCCUCGGUUGCUCGGUACCUUCCUGAACGGCCGCUUCGAGCAGUACUUCAACUCCACCACGUUGACGCCGGAGAAUCUUCGCGAGCCCGAAACGUCCAGACAAAUCGCCAAGCGCAUGAGGGAACUCCAUGACGGCAUUGAGCUCCUUGAGCAUGAAAAGGAUGACGGCCCGGGUGUUUGGAGGAAUUGGGAUAAGUGGCUUGAUCAGGCUGAGAAGACGGCCAUGUACCUCGACAACCAGGUUGCGGCCGAGCUUCAGAAGACGACUCGUCAGAAGGAAACUUGGAAGACUAGGGGUUUCGUCUGCGGCGUCGAGUGGCCCGUCUUCAGACAGAUGGUUCAGAAGUACCGCAAGUUCCUGGAGGACUACUACGGCAGCCCUAACACAAUCAGGGAAAAGCUGGUCUUUGCCCACAAUGAUACUCAAUACGGCAACAUCCUGCGCAUCCGGCCCGACGACAAGAAGUCGCCUUUGCUGCAGCCCGCCAACGAACACAAGCAGUUGAUCGUCAUCGAUUUCGAGUAUGCCGGCGCGAACUUGGCCGGCCUGGAGUUUGCCAACCACUUCUCCGAAUGGACCUACAACUAUCACGACCCUGUCACGCCCCACAUUUGCGACACCACCAAGUAUCCAACCCUCGAGCAGCAGCGGCGGUUCAUCAAGGCCUACGUGGACCACCAGCCGAAGUUCCCUUCGGCACCUGGUGCAUCAACACCAUCUGUAACGGCCUCAGGCACGGGCACCCUUGCGCCCGGCAUGCUACAGAGCACCAACUCGACAAACUCCAUCGUGGACUUCAUGUUGGACGCCCGCGUGCCACCAGGCGGAUGGAAAGAAGAGGACGCCCGUCGCGAGGCCGAGUCGGAGAAGAGGAUCAAGGAACUCCUGGAAGAAACGAGGCUCUGGCGAAUUGCGAACAGCGCUCAAUGGGUUGUCUGGGGCAUCAUCCAGGCUAAGAUUCCGGGACUUACCAACGGGACCAAGGACGUAGUGACAGCACCGGACGGCAGCGUGCCUGACGAGGAGCUGGAAGCGGAAGAGGAAGCGGAUGCGUUCGACUACCUUGGAUACUCGCAGGAGAGGGCCUUUUUCUUCUGGGCGGAUUGCGUACGCCUUGGGCUCAUUACGGAGGAGGAGUUGCCGGCGAAUGUCCGUUCCAGACUGAAGUUUGUUGAGCAGUGA